GUGCCUCAGAGGUACCUCCUCUCCCGCCCCAUGGCGUCGCUGCUGACAGUCUCUGUCCUCCUCGUGCUGGCGGCUCAGGCCGGCUGCCAGAGUUUGGAAGCUCCCAUACCAGGGGUUUCCGGUCAGGAGGCCCCAUCCGAGCCGCAGGAGAAGGCGUCCAUCACUAAGCGCGUGCAGGCUUCCUGGCUGCGUCCCGGUCCGGGGGAAUCGGGUGUGGAUGGAAGCGAGCCGGCGCUGACACCACAGGAGGAGGAGGAGGAAGAGGUGCCCUUCACGGAGAGGGUGCCGGCAACCUGGCUGCGUCCCUUGCCUCCUGUGUCGGAGGAGGAGGAAGAGGAGGAGGAAGAGGUAGCCUUCACAGAGAGGGUGCCAGCUUCAUGGCUGCGCCCCACUCCCUUUUUCCCCGAGGAGGAGGAGCCCUUUGGUCUACAGGGACGCGAGCCUCCUCCUCAGGAGUCCCCAGCUCUGGCGGGCCGCAUCCCACCACUGGAGCAGCUCGGGCCCAACGAGUGGGUCACGCCGUUCCGGCUGUCUAAGAUGUCGGUGCAACCUAUCCAGCUGGACUCCUGGCUGCCCGAUUACGGCAGGUUCCGACUGCGGAACGGGGUAACGGCCGAGUUCACAUCACCGAAUUUCCCAAAAGACUAUCCUGGCUACAUCUGGAACACGUGGGAGUUUAUAACGGAGACCGCCGGCGCUGACCUCCGGGUGACAUGCGACGUAUUCGAGCUGGGCAAGGGCGACUUCUUGCUCGCCCGGCCGCAGGGCGAAGGCCGCCGGACCUUCCGCGCCGACGCGCGGGACGUCGAGGUCACGGCCUCGGGCCAAAUGCAGGUGGAGUUCCGCUCGAACCGACUCGGCGGGGGCCGCUUGCGCUGCAAGGCGCACGCCUCUGGCGGCGAGAAGCCGGCCGUCGAGGCCAGCGCCGUGGUCGACACCGACCCCUUCAUCGACCUCUCGAAGCCGAUUGACCUGAACGCCCCGAUCUGCGGCCGAACAAAGGCCGCGAAGCGCAUUGUCGGUGGCUCGGAGGCGCCGCCACAUGCCUUCCCCUGGCUGGUAGCGCUGCAGACCGGUCGUUCGAAAGUUCAGUUUUGCGGCGGAAGCAUCAUCAACGAGCGCUACAUCUUGACGGCCGCUCACUGCGUGGACGGGCGUACACCCACUCGUUUGGCCAUCGCCGUUGCCAAGCAUAAGCGGGUAAAUGAUGAGUCUGAAAGAAUCUUCCGGGUGGAAAGCAUCAUCAAACACGAGAAAUACAACCGCGCAACGCAAGAUAACGACGUAGCUAUCGUCAAACUGCGAAGCUCACUACGCUCACUGAUGGCGCUUGAGAACGGCUGGGUUCGGCCCAUCUGCCUGCCGGAGGUGCGCUGCCAGUCCCGUGUGCCCUCCACCUGCUACACCAAGCGCCUCGCCGUGCUCGCCGGCUGGGGCCUGCUCAAGUCAGAGUCGCUGGUGGGCGCCAGCGCUGUCCAGUUCGUGCGCGUGCCCAUCAUGGAGAACGCCGACUGCCAGAGCGAUUAUGCGGCCGACCGGAUCGGUAUCACGCGCCGAAUGGUGUGCGCUGCCUACCCGGAGGGCGGCAAGGACUCGUGUCAGGGCGACAGCGGCGGCCCGAUGGCCGUGGUCGGCGACAAUGACAUCUACACUCAGGUCGGCGUGGUCAGCUUCGGCAAGGGCUGCGCUCUGCCCGGCUACCCGGGCGUGUACGCGCGCGUCUCGGAGUUCGGAGACUGGAUUCGACGCAACAGCAAGCUUUAAGAGAGCUCAGGCUACCAGAGGCUGUUGCUCGACAACGCCCGACUAGCUGUUGUUACACACGACAGUGUUCGCUGUUAGUUAUAUGCUGGAAUUCCCUGGGU